AUGGGUAACAUCAUCGACAAUGCGUUCCUCUUGAACGAGUGGUUAGACAGAAUUGCCUCGAACAAUCCUGCUAAUGCAUCCACUCAGGAAAUCGUCAAGCUGGCUCUUGCUGUUGCAUUUCUUCGCCAAAAGUCACGGCUCGAACAAGAAACCACUGGUGAAGAGCUGGAGCAAAUUUGGGCCCUGAUUCGCGAUGCAUUGUUCAGCACCAUAUUCUCGCGGCCUGGCUACAGUGCGUCUCGCAGCGCCCAGGGGUUUCUUGCUCUACCUCUUUGCUGCCUGAUCAACGAAAACAAAACCAUCGCCGAGCUAUUUCGACUCCACGUUUGGAUGCCGGAUGGGGUGCGAGGAAAUCCUCAGUAUUCGAUCCAUUCUCACCAGCCAUACGCACGAAGCUGGAUCUUGGCUGGGCAAGGAACGGAUACCGCCUACACCGUUGAACCCGCGUCGGAUCCUUCGGUCGCUACUCACGCAGAAUUUGCGCUGAGAUGGAAGUCGGGAGAAGAAUUAGGCCAGAGUUACAGCCCGCAUCAGCAGUACUCCGUGGUCGAAAACACUGGCAAGCUGGUCUGCGCAAUUCCUGGAGAAUCAGUGCUGCACACGCGCGACAUGACAUAUUCGGUACCAGCAGGCGCGUUUCACACCUCAAAUAUUCCUUCAGAUGAGUUUCAUGCCACGCUGUUCUUCUUCGACUCGCAACGCAAAUUCAUAAAGGACGCGCCUGUUCUCGGUCCUAUCGAUGGCAAGUCGUUUAAGCAAGAUCGUAACCCUGCUGGCGUAACUCCGAUAGAUCUCGUCAAGACGGUAGACGCAUUUCGCGCCUGGGAAGAGCUCAUUCAACGAGGGCAGGACUAUGCACAAUGCGCCGAGUGGGAGUAUGCUCUUCGCGAGUUCAACAAGGCUCUCGAUAUGUGCAGCGUCCCAGACUUUCCAGCGUCUAAAACGUACCGACUUUCCACCCUUCUCGAGUUUGGCAACACAAAUCGUCGUUUUGGGCGUUACGAGUUGGCUAAGAAGAGCCUGCAAAUGGUUGUGGAUGAAUCGGGUACCAGUGUACUGCGCAUCAAUGCCAGCGGAGAGCUCGGUGUCAUCUAUCGACAUAUGAAUCUUCUAGACGAUGCAAAGGAAGUGAUUGGGCUUCAGCUCAAGACGGCCAAGGAACUCAACUCUGAUACCGAAAUAUGCCGUGCACUGGGGAAUCUUGGUAUGAUCAACUACCAGCUGUCGCAACAAAGGGGCGACAUGGAGUUAUUGGACAUGGCCAUCAGUCAGCUCAAGGAGCGAGUUAGCACUGCCCGCAAGAUAAAGGAGAGUACAGAAGCGUAUUCGCUCGACGGACACAUCGAAUCGCGCUUGGUCAAGUAUGCCAUUACGCGAGAGUCUAUCGGCCUCGCCCGACUCUCCCUAUGCUACACAGCUCGUGACGAGCUCGCCAAGGCUGCGGAAUUUGCCUUACAGUCGCUGAAUAUUGCAGCAACGCUCGAUGACCCUACCGUGAUUGCCAUGUCACGGUUCUUCUAUGGACGCGUUCUGCUUAGGAAUGGGCAGCGCGAAGAAGCGCUCAAGCAAUUCAACACGCCAGGCACCUGCACUCCUGCCAUUGCACUGUGCAAAGAGCCUUCAGAAGAGCACGGCCAAUAUCUGCGAGAGCUGGUGGAUGUAGGCGCGGAUAUGGAUCUCACGGACGAACAAGGCUACAAGGCACUGGAUUGCGCCGUGUACAACAACGACACGUCGGUGGUCGACAUUGUCCUCGACGGUCUCCGUAAGCAACUCCACGGUGACGUGCCCGGUAAACUGAAGCAAAGUAUGAACGAGGCAAGGCUCAGAAAAAAUUAUCGCGAAAUCUUUCAAGACAGGCUGCGGCCCGUUCUCAACCACAGCAACGCCCAAGAUCGCUUACGGCGCCUGCGGAGGGCGUAUGCGGAAAUUCUCGCGGAUGACGUGGAAAGGAGGAGAAUGUUUGAUGGCCUCAAGUUUGUGCGCUAUUCCCACUUUGAGCGCUCCAAGCGAAUCCCACGAUCUAGCGACAAGGUGACCUACGAAUGGAGCGCGGAAUUUGACCGGAGUCACCCUGGUGCGCGCGUUGACUUUGUUAUAUUCCUCUCGUAUCGGUGGAUUGGGAAGGAAUCUGGACUAGGCUCUCAGCCGGAUGACCAGGACAACACGCAAUAUCGGCGCAUGAUUUCUGCCAUCGAGGAGUUUUUGACGAGGCGUCCGGAUGUGGAUCGGAACACUUUGGGAAUCUGGGUGGAUCUUGCGUGUAUCGAUCAAGACCAUGCGGCAUCAGGCAUCUCGGCACUUCCCAUGGUUCUUAUGCAAUGCAAUGUCGUAAUCAGUCUUGUUGAUGGCAGUUAUUACUCACGAGCUUGGUGCUGCGUCGAGGUGCUGAUGAUCCAGACGCUGAUUAAAUCCUACGGCUUGCACCGGUGGUACGAGCAGGUUCACCCAGACGGAUCCAAUCAAAUACCCGAGGAUAAUACGAGGUGGAUUUUACGUGAGGCAUCGCUCGAUAGGAAGAUCGUUGUGGCCGAGAAGGACGUUUCAUUUGCCGAAGAUAGGCCUAAACUAAUGUUUUUAGAACGACAGACGAAGAUGCUUGGAUAG